AUGCCUCGAGCGACAUCCCAAAAGUUUGCACGGGUACAUGAGCCCUCAGCGGCUGCCUUAAAAUCAAAGGGUGAAGCAGUUGGCAAUCGAAAUCCUUUGUUCAAUACCGAGCGGUUUGGGCAGCAUAUUCUCAAGAAUCCCGGCGUAGCGAGAGACAUUGUAGAUAAGGCAAAUUUAAGACCGACAGAUCGAGUGCUCGAAGUUGGCCCUGGUACAGGCAACCUCACGGUUCUAAUAUUGGAGAAAGCGAAGCAAGUUACGGCGAUCGAGAUGGACCCACGUAUGGCUGCCGAGUUGAGCAAACGUGUACAGGGAACACCAGAACAACGGAAAUUAAAUAUCAUGAUAGGCGAUUUCGUCAAAGCUGAUCUGCCGUACUUCGACGUCUGCAUCAGUAAUACCCCAUACCAAAUAUCAUCUCCGAUCAUAUUCCGUCUUCUUUCACACCGGCCCUUAUUCCGUGUCGCCAUCCUCAUGUUCCAGCGCGAAUUUGCGAUGCGUCUCGUCGCACAACCUGGAUCCUCCCUUUGGUCUCGCCUUUCUGCCAACGUUCAACUUUACGCUGCGGUCGAUCACAUCCGUAAAGUCGACAAAGCGAACUUCAGACCAGCACCGGAAGUCGACUCAUCGGUGGUACGCGUUGUGCCGAAGGAUCCCCCACCUCCGGUAAAAUUUGAAGAGUUCGAUGGGCUGACUCGAAUCCUGUUCACCCGGAGAAACAAGACGGUACACGCGAAUUUUCAAGCAAAGGGUGUGUAUAAGAUGCUGGAACAGAACUGGAAGACAUGGUGUGCCGAAACGGGGCAGAUGGUGGAGGACGGGGUGGACUUCAAGCAAAGGGUAGACUCGCUACUGGAAGAGACGGGAUAUGCGGAAAAUCGGGCGGCGAAGAUGACAGUAGAUGACUUGUUGAAGCUGCUUUCGGCAUUCCACGACAUUGGGGUUCACUUUGCAUGA